AUGGCUGACGUUAAGAUAGAUUCAGGUGUAUUUCAUAAAAGAUUAUCAAUCUUGCAAAAGAACUUGAUUGCUGAGAAAAUCCCGCAAGCUUUGGUUAUAGUUGGUGCAAGAGAUGAUGAAAACACGUAUAAGAAAUCAACUGUGUUACAGAAUUGGUUAUUAGGUUAUGAAUUUGUUCAUACUGCCAUUUAUAUCACGUCUAAUAAAUGUAUUUUCAUCACUUCUGAAGGAAAAGCUAAAUAUUUACGGGGAUUAAUUACUGGAAAUGAAGAUAAAAUAGAAUUAUGGAUUAGAACAAAAGACGCUGAUAAAAAUAAACAAUUGUUUGUUGAUUUACUUAAUAAAUUAGAACAACAAGAAGGUGCUAACGGAGAAUAUGCCACGGUUUUAAAGGAUAAAUAUACUGGGAAAUUUGUUGAUGAAUGGAAUCAAGCUAUACAAGGUAAAGACUUGAAAGCUGUUGAUUUAAGCCUUGUGAUUUCUAAAUCAUUAGAAGUUAAAGAUUCUGAAGAAUUCAACAAUACUAAAAUUGCCAGUAAUGCAUCGGUUACUAUGAUGGAUAUUUUCACUGAUGAAAUGAUGAUUGUUGUUGAUGAAGAAAAGAAAAUCACCAAUUCAAAUUUAACUGAUUUAAUUGAAGAUAAAAUUGAAAAUAAUAAAUGGUAUAUUAAGAAUAAACUAGGUAAGAAAUUAUUACAACCAAUUAAAGAUUUCGAUCCAGAAUAUGUUGAAUGGUGUUAUUCUCCAAUCAUUCAAAGUGGUGGAGAUUAUGAUUUAAAACCAAGUGCAAUUUCCACCGAUUCUCAAUUAAUUGGGGAUGGUGUUAUUUUAGCUGGAAUCGGAUUAAGAUAUAAAUCUUAUUGUGCUAACAUUGCCAGAACUUUCUUAAUUGAAGGUUGGUUACUUUACCUUCUUUUAAUACUAAAGAAUAACUUUAAUGUUCUAGUAAUAGCUAAAACUUUAUUAAAAGAUGGGGUUGAAGCUAAUAAAUUGUAUCAAGGUGCGAUUGAUUUUAUUAAACAAGAAAAACCUCAUUUGGUUUCUCAUUUUACCAAAAACGCUGGUUGGUUAUUAGGUAUUGAAUUUAGAGAUUCAACAUUUAUUUUAAAUGCUAGAAAUGAAAGAAAAUUAACUAAUGGUCAAAUUAUAUCUUUAACUAUUGGUUUUAAUAAUUUAACCAAUUCAAAAGCAAAAUCUCCUAAAUUAAAAAAUUAUUCAUUAUUAUUAACUGAUACUUUUAAAGUUUCUGAAUCAGAACCAGUUUUAUUAACAACUUAUCCAAAACAAAAAUCGGAAAUUUCAUUUUAUUUCAAAGGUGAUGAAGAUAAUGAUACUAAAAAGAUUAAAGCUGAAGCUAAAAAUUUAGAAGAUAAAAAAGAACCAAUUAAUUCCAAAAUUUUAAAAUCAAAAUUAAGACAUGAAAAUAGUAAUGCUGAUGAUUCAAAUGCUGAAAAAAUUAGACAAGAAAUUCAAUCUAAAUUACAUGAAAAAAGAUUAAAAGAAGGUUUAGCUAGAUUUUCAAAAGCUGAUGCUACUGAUUCUUCAGAUAUUAAACCAGUAUUUAAGAAAUAUGAAUCUUAUGUUCGUGAAUCUCAAAUCUCAAAUAAUGUUCAAGAUUUAAAAAUCCACGUUGAUAUUAAGAAUCAAACUAUUAUCUUACCAAUUUUAGGUAGACCAGUUCCAUUCCAUAUUAAUUCAUACAAGAGUGGAUCACAAAACGAAGAAGGUGAUUUUACUUAUCUUAGAUUGAAUUUCAAUUCUGCUGGUGCUGGAGGUAAUUUUGCCAAAAGAACAGAAUUACCAUAUGAAGAUUCUCCUGAUAAUACCUUUUUAAGAUCAAUUACUCUUAGGUCAAGAGAUCGUCAAAGAAUGAUUGAUGUUUAUAAGGCAAUUCAAGAUAUGAAAAAGGAUAGUGUCAAGCGAGAACUGGAAAAGAAACAAAUGGCAGAUGUUGUCACUCAAGCAAAUUUAAUUGAAUUAAAAGGUUCAAGAAUGAAGAAAUUGGAUCAAGUUUAUAUUAGACCAACUCCAGAUACUAAAAAAUUAGGAGGAGUUUUACAAAUUCAUGAAAAUGGUAUCAGAUAUCAAUCAGGUUUCAAAUCAGAUCAAAAAGUUGAUAUUUUAUUUUCAAAUAUUAAGAAUUUAUUUUUCCAACCUUGUAAAGAUGAAUUAAUUGUUAUUAUUCAUUGUCAUUUGAAAAAUCCAAUUAUGAUUGGGAAAAAGAAAACCUUUGAUGUUCAAUUCUAUCGUGAAGCCAGUGAUAUGGCAUUUGAUGAAACUGGAGGUAGAAAGAGAAGAUAUAGAUAUGGUGAUGAAGAUGAAUUACAACAGGAACAAGAAGAAAGAAGAAGAAAAGCAUUAUUGGAUAAAGAAUUUAAAUCAUUUGCUGAAUUGAUUGCUGAAUCAAGUAAUGGAUUAAUUGAUUUAGAUAUUCCAUUUAGAGAAUUAGGGUUCCAAGGGGUUCCAUUCCGUUCAUCGGUUUUAUGUAUGCCUACUCGUGAUUGUUUAAUUCAAUUAAUCGAUCCUCCAUAUUUAGUCGUUAAUUUAGAAGAAAUUGAAAUUGCUCAUUUGGAAAGAGUUCAAUUUGGAUUAAAGAAUUUUGAUUUAGUUUUUGUUUUUAAGGAUUUUAGUAAACCAGUUGUUCAUAUUAAUACUAUUCCAAUGGAAUUAUUAGAAGAUGUGAAAUCUUGGCUUACAAAUGUUGAUAUUCCUUUAAGUGAAGGACAAAUGAAUUUGAAUUGGUUAACAAUUAUGAAAACCGUUCAAGCUGAUCCCUAUCAAUUUUUCGCUGAUGGUGGUUGGUCAUUCUUGACUGGUGAAGGUGAAUCAGGUGAAGAGGAAGAAAGUGAAGAAGAAUCAGAAUUCGAAGUCAGUGAUGAAGAUCCUGAAGAUGAAGAUGAAGAAGAAAGUGCCGAAGAUGAAGAUGAAGAUGAUUAUAGUGCAUCUGGAAGUGACAGUGAAGGCUCUUUUGAAGAAGAAAGUGAAGGUGAAGAUUGGGAUGAAAUGGAAAGAAAAGCAGAAAGAGAGGAUAAGAGAUUUAGAGACUAA